AUGCAAUACGCACUCAUCCUCGCCUCCACCCUGGGCUCCCUAGGCGUCUACGCCUCCCCAGCGCCAGCACCAGGGCCGAUGGUCACCCCCGCACCGCAGCGCCUAGCCGCGCGCGCCGACCUCCCCGCCUCGUCCGGCAGCUCGGCGCUGGCGGACGUCUACACCGUCGCCGCGGGCGGCUCCUUCGACGGCGGCAUGGUCAUGUACGACCGGGGCGUCGACUGCACCGGCCAGGCCGAGGGCGGCGACUCCGAUGCCGUGUUCCAGGUCGAGGAGGGCGGGUCGCUGUCGAAUGUCAUUAUCGGACCGAACCAGAUCGAGGGGGUGCAUUGCCAGGGCGCUUGCACCCUCACCAACGUCUGGUGGAGCGCCGUCUGCGAGGACGCCUUCACGGUCAAGAACCAGGACGCGGGCGACACGACCUACAUCAACGGCGGCGGCGCGUUUGCCGCCGACGACAAGGUGGUGCAGCACAACGGCGCCGGCACCGUCAGCAUCAGCGGCUUCGCCGUCGAGACCUUCGGCAAGCUGUACCGCAGCUGCGGCAACUGCGACUCCAUGUACGAGCGCCACGUGAUCAUGGACGACAUCACCGCCUCGGGAGGCAGUGAGCUUGCUGGCAUUAACUCCAACUACGGCGACACUGCCACUUUCACUAACAUUGUCGUAUCCGACGUUGGUGACAUCUGCGUUGAGUACGAGGGGAACGACACGGGUGAUGAGCCUACGAAGAUCAGCUCGGGACCUUCUGACUACUGCCUGUACGACGACAGCGACAUCAGCACGUAA